CAAGAUAUCAUUGACCUCUUCCGCUCGAAGAGGUAUGCGUCCAGAGCUGCUUUGGACAUUGGUGCCGGACAAGGGCAUACAACUGCCGCACUUGCUGUCAACUUCGCUGUUGUCGUUGCCAUCGAAAAAUAUUGGGAUUUGGGCAAUGACGGCAAUGACUAUCACCUUCUUUCGGGCCGUCUGCUGACAAGCGACGGUGCACCGCUGAACAACGUAGUACGGAUGCACAUGGAUACCGCGCUGCCCUAUGCUUUUGCACCUCUGGCGGAUCAGAAUUUCUCAGCGGCUGUUAUUGAUGCGCAGCACUCCUUUGAAAGCGUCGUGCGCGAGACCUUCCACGUCUUGCGAAGCAUUCCUUGCUGUGUGGAGACCAUCAUAUAUCACGAUUUCUGCUUUGAGGAGGUGUUCCAAGCAAUUUUCUUUUUUGAGCAGGCAGGCCUUCUGGUGUUCCAGAAG